AUGGUUUGCCCGCAACCCGAGAAUGGGGGCGGAUCUUCGGACCAAACCCAGGAGGCCAGCGGCUCUUCUGGGCCUCCGCACGAAUCCGACGAACUUAGGUUCCACGAUCUUCUGCGUGCAGGGCGCCUGUCCGAAGGCUCCUAUCGGGCCUUGACGUCUCUUCUGAGGUACCGGACGGUGACGAAGGAGCAAGCGCUUCUUCUUCCUCAGCUCCUACCUCACCGAGCCGCCGAUGGCGACUGCGGCUCGCCGUCGGGGGACUCCGACGCCGGCUGGUUUGUGGCAUCCCUCCCGGUCGCCCCUCGCGACCGAACUCGCGAUUGCCUCAUUCAAGCGAGGACAGGAACCGGGAAGACGCUUUGCUUCCUCUUGGUUGUCAUUGAGCGUAUGCUCCUGCAGCCGCCCACCGGCGUGGGAGCUCUCGUUAUCGCGCCGACACGGGAACUCGCCGCUCAGAUUCUCCGAGAGGCGGAACAACUCGUCGCGUUCCAUCCUGUGGAAGUCGCGGCGCUUGUUGGAGGGAAUUCGCGGAAGGCAGACGAGCUCCUCUUGAAGCGAAGGAGGCCGCAGAUUCUGGUGUGCACGCCUGGCCGUCUUCUUGACCACCUGGAGAACACCUUCAUGUUCUCGGCGCUCUUGGAACAGCUUCAGAUCCUUGUCUUGGACGAGGCAGACAGGCACGUCUUUCUCCGCUAUCUCUGCGCCGAGGCGUCCUCACUCAUGGAGUUGGGCCACUUGGAGGAGCUGAAGCAGCUCUUCUCCUACCUUCCCCGCAAUCGGCAGUCUCUGCUGUUCUCGGCGACGCUCCCGGAUAACGUCAGAGAGCUCGCUUCGCGUCUGUUCAAACCGAACUAUCGCUUUUUUAACUGCGUGGCACCAGACGAGAAACCGACACACGAGAGAGUCGAGCAGAGCGUGGUCGUGCACCCCGCGAAGGAGACAGCGACGAUUCUCUUCAACUUGUUGACAGAGGAAUUCGAGCGACGUCCUCACAGCUACAAAAUCAUAGUUUUCUUUCCGACUGCUCGACUUACGUCGUUCUUCGCAUCACUCUUCCGCGAGCAAUUCCGGAUCGGAGUCUACGAGAUCCACCGACGCCGCGAGAGCAGCACCAGAGCUGCCACGGCGUCUCGUUUCAGCAGAGACAGAGCGGGUGUCUUGUUCUCUUCCGAUGUUUCCGCCCGAGGCGUCGACUACCCAGACGUCUCGCUGGUGAUUCAGGUUUGUGCGCCGCUGACGCGCGAGCUCUACAUACACCGCGUCGGUCGGACUGGCCGGAUAGGAAAAGACGGUCGAGCGGUGCUUCUGCUGAACGAAGCAGAAACGCGCUUCUUGGAGCUCGUCCAGGAUUUACCGCUUCAGCAAAGAGAGGAGCGAGCGCUCCAGCAGCGCACUCCAGCUGUCAACUCCGCACUAAGCAGCUGGGACACCAACGCGCAGCUUAACUACGCGGCAACCGCAGCGUAUGCGUCCCUUUUGAACCACUACAAGUCGGGUAGAACGCGGCUGGGCGUUUCCGACGAUGGCGUGAUUAUCCAAACUGCUCUGGAUAUCUGCACGUCCUGCGGCCUGUCGUCGCAGCCCGCAAUAUCGAAGAAGCUUGCAACUCUCCUUAAUCUGGACUCUCAUCCGAAGCUAAAGACUCAGGAAGACUUAGAUGACAUCAACUUUUUGCCGGAGUUCGUUAACGAACGUCGUUGA